GUUCUGAUUUGGCAGUUCUGUUCUGAAAGUUAUUCGGGUUGUCCCAGUACAGUCUACGAACUACACUGUUCUUUGGCUUGAAAGUAGCGAACGAAAUAAAUAAAUACAAAAUGUUUGCCUGUACCAGACUGAUUGCCCCAGCUACCAGGAGUGCUCUCAUUGCCAGCUCUAAACAAUACCUGAGGCCACUGAGCAGUGUAGUUAGUCAAAGCCAGAUUCAAGUACAAAAUGUGCAGCAACACAAACAGCCAUCUCUUUUACCUGCUAUUCGUAGUUUCCAAACCUCACCAGUCAGCAGGGACAUUGAUUCUGCUGCCAAAUUCAUUGGUGCUGGAGCUGCCACAGUAGGAGUUGCUGGAUCAGGAGCUGGUAUCGGAACAGUAUUCGGUUCCCUCAUCAUCGGUUACGCCAGAAACCCCAGCCUGAAACAACAACUUUUCUCGUACGCCAUCUUGGGUUUCGCCUUGUCCGAAGCCAUGGGACUCUUCUGUCUCAUGAUGGCGUUCCUGUUGUUGUUCGCCUUCUAAGUCGAGGCGUUUUACGCCGAUUAUUCACCAUUUAUUCCACAGUCUGUUACGGCAACAUCGCGUAACUUCAUGUCAUCUUUAAAGAAUAACUUUAGGACUAUUAAUUUGUGUUCGCUCUGUAUGAAUAUGUGACCGAUCAGAUUUACAUCAGAGAAUUUGGGCUUACUUUCACGAGGAAUGAUUGUCAUGUAUUUAUCAGGAGUUUUCUCAAGUGUUUUCUAGGAAAAUAUGCAGUAAACACACAUAUUGUACAUUGUUAGAAAUUUUAUUGUAAAUCCUUUUUCCUUUUACUUUUUUUUUAAUGUCCAACCAAUAUACAACCAGAGCUGUUAUCAAUUAUUUAUAAGGAUAAUAAAUUGUUUUCAUUUUAUACUCAUCUUUGAUGUUAAUUAUAAUCCAAAAAUAGUUCAACUGAAAUACAGUUUCCAAAUUGAGU